AUGACCCCCAAAAUCAUAUCUACAGACCAAUGGCUCGUGGCCGCAAAGCUCCGCCGCAGCGUCUACAAUCUUACUGGUACCUCCUCCGUAUCAGAUAGCCGCAUUGAGAAUAUUUUGCAACAGGUCCUGUCGUUUGCCCCCUCAUCCUACAACACCCAGCCUGUCCGCCUAAAUUUGAUCACUGGGGAGAAGCACAAACAAUUUUGGGAUACUAUAAUUAAGACCGCAGAGCCAAUUCUCAAAGACGUUGGCGAGGGUAUAUGGCACACUAUGGGUGCCUUAAUGGAGAGCCAAAAGGCAGCUUAUGGUUCGGUUGUCUUCUGGGAACGAGGGGACACUAUUAGGGAAGCUUCUGAGACGCACAAAUCAGCAGCACACAUGAUCCCCCAACUUGGGGAUCACGCCAACGGCAUGGCCCAGAUCCUCGCCUGGACCGCCCUUGAGCUGGAAGGUCUGGGUGCCAGUCUACAGCACAUGCAAGCCAUUCCUGUUGUUGAGACUGCGCUGAGAGAGUUCUGCGGAAUGCCCGACGACUGCUCACUCAAGGCCCACUUGACCUUUGGAGAUAUCGCUGGAGACCACCCGAUAAUGCCCGACAAGCUGCCAUUCAGCGAGACUUUAAAGAUUAUCAAGUAA